AAAAUAUUUGUCAAAACCUGCUAAAAGCUUAUUUUUGGAAUCUUAUAAAUGAAAUAAAUUAAUAAAUACAAUUAAAAAUGGACAAUGCUAUAAUUAUUAUUGAUUCUGAUGACGAGGAAUGUGCGAAACAGGAUGAAAAGUCGAAAACGUCAGUUUCGCAAGUUAGUAUACAGAACGGGAAGCGACCGAACGAUUUACCUAAUGAAAGUGAUUGUCCACCAAUUAAGCAACGGCGUAUACAGCCACAAAAAAUUGGUGAAGUUGAAAAGAAGGUAAAAAUAGUUGAGACAUCCAGCAGUCAAGAGACAGUUUCGGAUUUAGGAAAUAAAGACAGUUCAACAUCCAUCACAACUUAUAAAUCAACAGCCAGCGAUGAGACACAGACAAAAGAGAACAAAACCGAAGACGUUCCAUCAACUGGCACUGAUGUAAAGAAGGAAAAGCAUAAGAAUGUAGUUACCAAAGAACUAGAAGCAUUCAUUAAUGCAUGUCGUAAAUCUGAAAAUAACAGUGAUAUGAAGAAGAUAAUAAAAAGCAAAUUGGUCAAAUAUUAUGAUCUAGUUCAUCCAGAAUAUGCACAGUCAAAAUAUCUACGAAAACUCUUUGAGGACACAGCUUUAGCCAUUUUACGUGAUCCAAAGACUGUAUAUUCCAAAUUACAAGAUGUAAUAAAUGAGUUAAAAUCACGAAAGAAUUGUGGACCUGUGAUUGUUGCUGAAGAGGAGGUAAAACAGCCUAAAGUUGAAGUAGAAAAGGAACCAGAUAAAAUAAGUGUCGAGAAUGGAGGCAGUGACGAAAUUCAAACGACGGGUGAUGAGAAAAAGGAUAAUCAGCUAAGGAAGCUUAAUAAAGCACUAACAAAAUUAAAGAAGGCAAUUGAGGAUCUUGAGGAAGCAGAAGUGAAUUUGGACGAGGAAGAAGAUUCAGCAUAUAUGAAGAAAGUUCGGUACGAAAAACGAGCAGUUGAGAUCUACAAUAAGAUUUGCGAAAUUACCGGAGAAUCCUCGCACGCUCAUCGGAUCAUUAAGCAACCAAUCAAAUUUAAAGGCACUGACUUUAAAGAAUUCAAUAGGCGCCUUUCAAAAAAAAUCAACAAAGAAAAUGGAUUUCCAAGUUUUUAUGAUGUUUUCAGGCUGCUAGACUUUUGUAAUAAAGAGUACAAAUAUAAGCUUUUAAGGGAUGAGAUCCAGACUAUUUCACAGCUUGCGUUUGUGGAAGUUGGGAAAUUAUUAAAGGAGAGGAGGUGCAACGAUCUUUAUGAAUCUGCCGAACAUUAUGCUGGAAAGAAUAAGGACCCCGCAAAAGAAGAUCCCGAACUUAAAUCGAAACUGGAGAAGAAUAAAGAAGUUUCCAAAAAGAGAACGGAGGAGAUUCUUCAAUUUUAUGUUGCAAAGCAGUUAAAAGGUGAGAAUGGCGAGGAUGAUGAUGUAGAAAUGGGCGAAUCGAGUAACUCAAUCUCUAAUGGUUCCAUCGACAAAGAACAUGAAACAGAAGAAUUUGAAAUUCAAAAUCGACCCACAAAAAAUAUUAUAAUCGACAUAAAAACCGAAUGUGAUAUAAAUGAAGAUAAGAACGACACACCAGCUAUAGAUUUAGCGAUCUCACUUUGAAAGUCUUGGCACUUGCUUCAAUAGUUUAUGUCCUAUUGCUUUUUGUCAAUUUUGACCUGCAUUCA